GCGCCACUGCUCCUCGUCUUCAGACCAUCCUGCCCUUGGUGGGCUUGGUGUCCCGCGAGUUUGUGCGAUUUGAACGACGAUUCCGCACUUUUCGGCUCAGAUUUCGACUCUCGGCCGGCGGCUGGUCCCUCAAGAGCGCGUCGACGGCCUCUCACAGUCGAAAAUAAUGACGGAUUCGGAAGAUGCAGUUUGGGAUGAGCUGAGUGGAAUUCCGCCGGAUCCGCCUGUCAUGAGGGACAAAUGCGGUGCCUGCAAGCGGCCACACUCGGUUUGCUGGUGCCCAUUCUUGCCACAGACGACCAUCCAGACCCGGAGCCGAGUUGUAAUUCUGCAGCACCCUGCCGAGGAAAAGAGAUGCCUGAGAACCGUGCCUAUGCUAGAACUAGCCCUCUCACCGGGCCAAUGCAACGUCUACAAGGGAAAGAAGUUUCCCUUAUCAAAACACAAUGGCCUUGAGGAAUUGUUAAGAGCGUCAAACACCCUCGUUUUGUACCCAUCAAAAGACUCUGUCCCGAUUGAGGACAUACCCAAAGUGGAUGACAACAGCGAACCGUACAAUCUUGUCGUUAUUGACGGCACUUGGGCCCAAGCCAAGUCCAUGUACCACAACAGCCCUCUUCUCCACAACUGCAUUCAAAUCAAGCUACCCAUGAAGGGAGAAAGUGAGUACAUAAUCCGGACGCAGCCAAACGAAGGUUGUCUCUCGACCGUUGAGGCAGUGGCCGAAGCUCUAGGCAUACUUGAAGGUCGACACAGACUGAGGCACGAGUUGCUCCAGCCCCUGCAGGCGUUGUGCCGCUUCCAAAUUUGGCACGGUGCCGUUCCCCACCAGAGUAAGAAAACUCUUUUGGACAUUGGUGAGUACAAGAAGCCAAUAGGCAAGAGGACGAGGAAGAAGCUCUACAGUUUGGUGGAUAUUCCCUCUGUGACUGACUGCAAGGGCAAGGAGCCCAGCUGACGAGAACUCCUACUUUACUUUUAUCCCUUGUUCAUUUUUGUUGUCUUCUUCCUCUUUUUCAUGAUGUGAUUUAAUUUCAUUAAACAGCCAUUCUCGUUAAUUUGAACGUUUGUGUUUUUAAGUUGGCACCAGCAAACUGCUGGUAUUGAUUUUGUAAGUAAUUUGUCCCUGCCAGCCGGGUGGCUAGACUAGGGAUUAGCACAGCCAGAGCCUGUGGCAAGGAUUUGGCUGAUAAUCCUUAGUUUCACUCGGACUGAAAUUUGGAUCCUAAUUAGAGUUCAAUUUUGCCUAAUUUUGCAGUUCUCGUCUUUUUACAUAUUACGGAAACGACACAGAUCUUUCGGAGCAUUUGAUAAAUAUGGAUAGCCGAAUGUGAUAUUUUGAAAUUUUAUGCAGAACAUAUCAAAAUAAGCCAUGAUGAAUACUAAAUGUGAAACACAUACGCACGUGUUAUACACCGUUUAAUAACUCACGUUUGCGAGCCGACGUCGAAAUGUUUUAGAGCACCCUUUUGAUGUUUUUGCCUGCACUAGUUGCUGCAAUGUUGCCUUUGGUAGGAUUUAUUGAGGACUACUUGCAUUCCUGUCACACAAGCAGUAUGCAAAUAAUAGUGUUGACACAGAUAUUGAACAAGAUCCUAUUGAUCUCUCCGACACAAUACGUAUAGAGCGCUUAGGGCUUUGGAAAACACUACUGUAAAAAAAUUAAUGUUAACAAAAAAGUGCCAAAAAAAAAGAGAUAGAGUCCUAAACAAUUGUUGAACGGAAAAAUUUUAAUGUAUUUCAUGAGAGCUGAGAUUGUCUUUUGUAUCUUGUUGAUAAAAGCCUCCGAUAAUUUAUGGAUGCAAACAAAAAUAAAAAAGAAAAGUUUUUGUGUCUGCCCCUGCAAAUUGGCCUCCUGCUUCUCCUUUCCGAAGCAAGGCAUGGGCAGGAUGUAAUUAUAUCCUUGGGUGGAGCUGUGCCCGACUAGUGUCCUGUGAUCAGCGCAGGCUGCAAAUCGUGUCACGCGCCACACAAAAGGAUAACGCCACUAAUUGCGCCGGGCGUCUUGAUUUCUAUCGGCAGCAUCAGCUCUCUCUCGCACAGCUUACUAAUUCACUCGCCCACGGCGCACAAGCCCUACGUACUCCCCUGCUCGGCACCUUAGCGCCACUAAUUCAGAGAUGAAUGCACGCUGCAUCCCUGAGUAGAACAAAGCGUUCGUUGACUCACUUUUCUCUAUUUCCGCAACUCAUUCUUACUACACAUAAUAACAUUAACUAAUUACGAUGAUUGAAUAAUCACUCAUCACACCUGAGAUGUAAUUUAAAAAUUAUUAAUUAUAUAAGGUCGGAUUUGGAGAGAAAAGAAAAUGAAAUUUAUCAACCUAAUCUUAAAAGAUUAUCGAUUAUCCCCUAGGCCAAUUUGAUUUCUGCUUUUUUUUAUGGAAAAUUUUGAAUUAAUUUUAUAUGUUUCAUUUAACUCACCAAUAAUGACUGAUUACUUAGUUAAUUAAUAGUUUCAAAGGAAUUAAAGAACUUUUCACUCCAUCACCUUCACUUGUCAAUGGCCUUUCCGAUUUCACUCUAUAAACCCCACGAGUAUAAAUCCAAAAACCUAAUUCAGUAUAGCUAAAGCUGUUGGGCUUCCUCUGCGACGUUGUAAAUUAAUUUGCUCACAGGCCGGCUGAGCGCCGAUUAUUGGACUUACUCCCAUCUGCUCUGCAAAAUGUUGGCCCAACCCUUGCAAUAUUCGCCAGUGGCUGCUUUGAAAGGAGACUUGCAAAAGCUUUCCAAACAAAUUUGUAGCUGUCGAGAUGUUGAAUACGCAUAUUAUAUGUUGAUGUGUAAAAUAAAUAAACAAACAAGAUUACUGUAUUUGAAAAAGCACACGGCACCAGAAUCAAAUGAUAAUUGUAAAAAGCAGCGGAAUAAAACUUUGGAGAAUCAUUACGAUGUUCAAAUAUUUGUUAGAUCGGUAGAAUAUUUGAAAGUCGAAAAGAAAUUCUAAUAACACGGCGUAUUUUAAUAUUCUGACCUACAAGAUGUGGUGAAGUGUACCGAUCAAAAUUUUAAAAGCACAAAAAUUUACGCAUUUUUUGGAAUUUGAAUCUGCUGGACACAGAAAAAAUUGUGAAAAAAAAUGUUGACCUGUUAUCAUAAGUAAAUAAAUUGUAGGUGCGAUAGUUUUAACAAUGACGUUGUGAAGAUUGAUGUUAAUCAUGCAUCAAUAAUUGCACACACGUUGCACUUCCUGCGAAAAUACACGGACUCAAAAUUACGAGACUUAAAAUUGCACUUUGGGCACAUGAUUUAUAGGAAAACGCACAUAUUUUCCAAAACUUCUGAUUGGCGUUAUGAAAUAUGAAAUAAAUGGCAUGAUA